UAUCUUUUGGCAGGUUUGUGUUUAUAUCAUGUUCACAAAUUCAAUUGAUUAGCAUUGACAUUUCUUGUAUCAAUGAUAUUGUGUCUUGAUCUAGCAUGCCUGUCACUUCUGUAUUUUGUAACUUAGUUCUGGAACUCUAAAAACCUCCUUUCAAUUCUUAAUUUCUUACUUUAUUCAAGUGUUAAUUGGAGACUCACGGAAAAUGAUUCAAGUGGAUCUUUUGGAGUUUCAUAAAACCCUACAAUGCAGUUGCUGCAGGAGGAGUGACAACAUACCAUUGCCAUCAAUGCCUGAUACCUCUAUUAUGUACACUCUGGCUCAGGAGCAUGGCGAUCUUAUCAAUCUUCAUGACUGGUUCCAGUCUUUCAAAACCAUUGUCAUUCAGUACAGCAGAAAGGGGACAAGCAAACUGGAAAAGUCCCCACUUAAGAAAAGAAAGGAAAAGAAUGAAUCUGAAAACAAGAGUUGAGAUUGAAGUGUAAAGGUUGGAGCAGCCAAGUCAAGUAAGCUCAAAGAGAUCAUUCUGAAAAAGAAGUUGGAAAUGGAGGACAAGCUGUUGGAUGCUCCACUGGACACACUAGGUGCUGCUGCCUUGGCACUACACUAUGCAAGUAUGAGAGAA